ACAGGAGUAUCUGGAGCGGCAGAGCAAAGAUGAGGUAGACACCCUAGUCGGCACCGAGACGCACGGUGCGACGCCGCUGGUGAUGGCUUGCCGAAACGGACAUUACGCCGUGGCGGAGUACCUCAUCGAAAAAUGCGGCGCCGACAUCGAACAGCCCGGCUCGGUUGUCUUCGACGGGGAGACGAUAGAAGGAGCGCCUCCCCUGUGGUGCGCAGCUGCAGCUGGCCACAUCGCCUUGGUAAAACUGUUGGUGAAGAGCGGCGCCAAGGUAAACUCCACCACCAAGACGAAGUCUACACCUCUCCGAGCGGCCUGUUUCGAUGGUCAUGUUGCAAUCGUCAAGUUUCUGGUGGAGCACGGUGCAGAUAUCGAGGUUGCCAACAGGCAUGGCCACACUUGCUUGAUGAUUGCCUGCUACAGAGGUCACGUUACAAUUGCCAAGUUCCUACUGUCCCUAAAAGCGGAUACCAACAGGAAGUCCAUCAAGGGAAACACGGCCCUUCACGACUGCGCCGAAAGCGGCUCCCUAGAGAUCCUCAAAGCCCUCGUUGAGCAUGGGGCGAGAUUGGACGUGGAUUCCUACGGGAUGACACCACUUCUCACUGCCGCGGCAACAGGUAACACCCAUAUAGUGGAACAUCUCAUAGGAAUGACACAUCUGGUGAGUAGGAAGGAACGAAUAGAUGCGCUAGAACUUCUCGGAGCCACAUAUGUUGACAAGAAGAGGGACAUAAUCGGGGCUCUGGAGUUCUGGAAACGAGCCAUGGAAGAGAGGUACAGAGGAGAAGGCCCUGUGAUGCCGAAACCACCACCACCUCCUGCGAUAGCAGCCUACGAUUACGCCCGCGAGAUUUGCGACUUCGAGGCACUGGAUGAGCUGCUGACCGAUCCUGACGAGAUGCGGAUGCAAGCUCUGGUCAUCCGAGAGAGAAUCCUAGGACCGGCGCAUCCGGAUACUAGCUACUACAUCCGAUAUCGGGGAGCCGUGUACGCGGAUGCCGGCAAGUUCAGCCGAUGCAUUGACCUUUGGAAUCAUGCCCUGGAUAUUCAACAGAGUAUGCUCGAGCGGCUGAAUCCUAUGACGCAGAGCUCUCUGUUCAGCUUCACGGAGCUCUUUAGUUUUAUGAUAGGUGAGGAACACACGCAGUCGAGUAGAGGGCGCCGUGUUCCGUCGCUACAGCGAGAAGAGCUCAUGAAAGUCUUCAAAAAAGCGGUCCUCGAAGUUCGCCUAGGGAAGCAAAUGCUGGACAAGAUGCCACCUUGCGAACGCGACCUCACGUACUUAAACCGAGUUCUGGUGGUGACGUUACACCUGGCUAGUCUUUUAACUCGCGAGACUCCACCUGCAGGCACAAUAGAAUACACAGAGCUGCACAAAGAGAUCUACGAGCUCGUCAAAAUAAACGCACGGGGCCUACACGGCAGAGACGUGCUCCAGUUAUCGGUCAACGCUCACCAAGCUCUAAUGGGAAGAUACCCUGCCUGCAAGUUUCCAUCGGAUCAUCUGACAGCGGCUCUCCUGAGAUCCGGCGCGGACGUGACGAGUGGCGACAUCCACGGGAACACCGCGCUCCAUUUGGCGGCGCAGAGCUCCAAUAAUCUCAGCCUUAUGCAUCUUCUAUUAGAGGCAGGUGCUCACCUGGACGCCGUCAACUACCGGCGGAAGACCUUGAAGCACUUGCUCCAAGCGCGAGAUUACGCUGCCUUAAACCCCGUUAAGUACACCACUUUGGCCUGUCUGGCGGCUCAAGUGGUCAGGAGGACACAGCCCAUCAAAAACGUCCCAAAGCACCUGCGGAGCUUCGUGCGGCUUCACUAGUGCAGAUUUCGGACGUGGCUUUACGUGCAGAUUGUCAUCUUUUAUCCGCGAGCGAUACGGAUAAUACCGUUUCUCACGAAUAACAACCGCUCUCCCAGCCGGCGAAUUACGCAGAAGCAAAAAGGUAAAUGACCCUUUGGAAGCAGGUAGAUUGCAAUUUACCCAUAAGUCUUAUUCCGAUAAUGCUCAGCGGACGUCCUCGACUACACGGUGGAUUUUAUCAGAGGCCGGAGAAGCGUUUUCUGUAGGUCGGUCAGAGGAUGUUCGGAUAUCGUCCGGCGUUUGCGACACCAAGGCACAGAGCGGACAUCCUCGGGCUGCGUCGGAGCUAUCAAAGAGAACCCUGACCGUGUCCUCGACGAUUUGCAUCGAGGACUAAGACGAGAAGUACCGUUAUCUUCCCUUAUACAUAAACCCCCUUCGCGUAGGCCAUAUCACAGCGUCUUAACGAAGCUUAGUCGUAGUGCACGAGAUAUUUAAAUUAAGUGUUGUAUUAACUUCCCUGGCCGUGACUUCUCUCCGUGCGACAUAUAGACGAACAAAGGCAAGGUGGUCGAAAGCGAUAUUUUUAGGAUGUACUUGCUUGAUAGGGGAGAGAAGAAAUCGGAUAUUUAGAGGACUCCGAAUUCUUGGUCGAACUUACGUUCGAGAACGGGUCGGGCCGGGGUAUGAUGAAAUAUUAAUUCCCACUCUUUGCAAGGUGAACGUUUCACGUUUUAUAAUGUAAAGAUUGUGAAAAAUACAAAGUGUGAUUUAAAAAAGAC